AUGGAGUGCAAUGCCGAAACCCUACGAUUCCUGUCCCAAUGCUUCCUCAACACCUUAUCGCCGCUUCCGGAGCCCCGCCGCCGUGCGGAGGCGGCGCUGGCGGAGGCCGCCGAUCGUCCCAACUACGGCCUUGCUGUCCUCAACCUCGUGGCCGAGGCGUCCGUCGACGAGCAGAUCCGUCAGUCUGCCGCAGUUAACUUCAAGAACCACCUCAAGGCCCGUUGGACAGUACAGCCCAACGACUCAGCUCAAAAACCCGUGCUCGACGUGGAGAAGGAGCACAUUAAGGCUUUCAUUGUUACCCAAAUGGUUAAGACCUCGCCGAAAAUCCAGGCUCAGCUAAGCGAGGCUUUAACCAUCAUUGGAAAGCACGAUUUCCCUAGAGCGUGGCCUAGUCUCUUGCCUCAAUUGGUGGCGACUCUGGAUGCAUUGAGCCAAGCUAACGACUAUGCUUCUGUCAAUGGGGUUUUAGCCACCGUUAAUUCCUUGUUUAAGAAAUUCAGGUACCAGUAUAAGACGAACGACCUGAUGCUAGAUUUGAAGUAUUGUCUGGAUAACUUUGCCAAGCCGUUGCUGGAAGUAUUUAAACGGACUGCCAGUUUCAUAGACCAGGCCAUGGGUUCUGGAUCCCCUAAUGCCAGUGCUCUCAAGGGUUAUAUAGAGUCCCAGAGGUUGUGUUGUAGGAUAUUCUAUUCGCUCAACUUCAUUGAUCUGCCCGAGUUUUUUGAGGAUCACAUGGAUGAAUGGAUGAUCGAAUUCAAUAAGUAUUUGACUGUGAAAUAUCCUUCUUUGGAAGAUGGUGGAGGUGAUGGGCUUGCUUCUGCUGAUGGGUUGCGGGCUGCCGUUUGCGACAACAUUGGCCUCUAUAUGGAGAAGGAGGAGGAGUUAUUUGAGAAGUAUUUGCGAGGGUUUGUGGAUGCUGUAUGGGGACUCUUGAUAGUUUCCUCCAAUGAUUCUACCAGGGAGAGGCUUACUGUAACUGGUAUAAAGUUCUUGAACACUGUCAGCACAAGCGUUCAUCAUAACUUGUUCGCAAGUGACAAUAUUUUGCAACAAAUUAUCCAGAGUAUUGUAAUUCCCAAUGUGAUGUUGAGGGAUGAGGAUGAAGAGCUUUUCGAGAUGAACUGCGUGGAGUUCAUACGAAGGGAUAUAGAAGGUAGUGACCUUGACACUCGGAGGAGGAUUGCUUGUGAACUCCUUAAGGGAAUUGCUGUAAAUUACAAGGAUAAUGUGACCCAGAAGGUUUCCAUUCAGGUACAGAGCCUUCUGGCAUUGUUUGCAGAGAAUCCAGCUGCAAACUGGAAGCACAAGGACUGUGCUAUCUAUUUGGUCGUCUCUCUUGCUAUGAAAAGAGCUGGCGGAAACUUUAUAACAACUGACAUUGUUGAUGUUGAGAGCUUCUUCAGCUCUGUAAUUGUUCCAGAGUUGAGAAGUCAGGAUGUGGAUGGGUUUCCAAUACUGAAAGCUGGGGCAUUGAAAUUCUUCACCAUGUUUAGGCACCAUAUAUCGAAACAUGUGGCGGUGGCUCUGCUACCUGAUGUGGUCCGUUUCCUUGUGUCUGAGUCGAAUGUGGUGCAUUCGUAUGCUGCCAGCUGCAUUGAGAAGCUCCUCCUUGUCAAGGAAGAGGGGGGGAGGCCGAGAUACGCCGGCAAUGAUGUUAAUCCAUUUCUGCUUACAUUGAUGACCAACCUCUUUAACGCUUUACAGAAGCCAGAGUCUGAGGAGAAUCAGUAUGUGAUGAAGUGCAUCAUGCGGGUUCUAGGGAUUGCUAAUGUUUCACGUGAGGUUGCUUUGCCUUGCAUCAAUGGCCUGGCAUCUGUACUGAACAGGGUUUGUGAGAACCCGAAGAAUCCCGCAUUCAGUCAUUACCUGUUUGAAUCUGUGGCUCUUCUCAUCAGGCGCGCCUGUGAGCAGGAUCCAUCGGUUAUUUCAGCUUUUGAGACUAGCUUGCUCCCCAGUGUUCAGAUGAUUUUAUCCAGGGAUGUCAUUGAGUUCUUCCCGUAUGCGUUCCAGUUGCUGGCACAACUUGUUGACUUGAAUCGCUCUCCUUUGCCAGCGAAUUAUAUGGAGAUUUUUGCAAUUCUCCUCCUCCCUGAAUCUUGGAAGAAGUCUGCAAAUGUUCCAGCUCUUGUUCGUUUGCUCCAGGCCUACCUGAGAAAGGCACCACAUGAACUAAACCAGCAGGGGCGGUUGUCUAGUAUUCUUGGCAUAUUCAACACGCUAGUCUCCUCUCCUAGUACUGAUGAACAAGGCUUUUAUGUGCUCAACACAGUGAUCGAACAUCUCGGCUAUGAUGUGAUCUCUCCCUACAUUAGCCAUAUCUGGGUUGCUUUGUUCAAACGACUGCAGUUCAACAGGACUGUGAAGUUCACCAAGUCUCUCAUUAUAUUCAUGUCACUCUUUUUGGUGAAACAUGGACCUGAAAACCUCGCUGGUUCCAUGAAUGCCGUUCAGCCUGACAUUUUCCGCACAAUUGUGGAGCAAUUUUGGAUACCAACUCUCAAGGUAAUCACAGGCUCAAUGGAACUCAAGUUGAGUUCGGUGGCCUCAACUAGACUUUUAUGCGAGACUCUGUCCGCAUCAGAUCCGUGUCUCUGGGGAAAAAUGCUCGACAGCAUUGUUACGCUUAUUUCAAGGCCAGAGGAGGAUAGAGUUGAGGAGGAGCCCAAUGUUCCGGAUUUUGGUGAAACUGUGGGUUAUAAUACCACAUUCUUUCAAUUGCACAAUGCUGGGAGGAAAGAAGAGGACCCUCUGCGUGAUAUCAAUGAUCCUAGACAAUUCUUGGUUGCAUCUCUGGCGAAUCUUUCUACUCGUUCACCUGGAACUUACCCCAGAAUUAUUACUGAAAAUCUUGAUAAAACAAAUCAAGCUGCACUGUUUCAGCUUUGUGGGUCUCACAAUCUCACGAUUGUUUGA